AAGAGUUAAAUGCAUUAAUCCAACACAAUAUAUAGAAGCUUUAGAGAAUAAUAUACUAUUUAAGAGAGACAAGCAAAAUUAAAGGAAAAAUUAAGUCAGUAUCCAGAUAUGAUUCCUGUUAUUUUUGAGAAGCAUCCAAAAUCUAAAAUUUAACAUUUGAACAAAUAAUUGUACUUACUAUUUUAAAAUAUUGAUAUUUAGUUACUAAAGGUUUUAGGAUGAUUUAAUUUCGUGAUACUUUAAAAAACACUUUAUAAAUUUCACCUAAGUAAUCUUUAUACUUUCAUAUUGGAAAUUAAUUGUUACCAGAAGGUAUAAUUAAUAAAAAGAUAUAUUUAGAUCUCAAAUUGGCAGAUAUUUAUGAGAAAAAGAAGGAUUCAGAAGAUGGUUUCUUAUAUAUAACUUACUCUGAUUUAGAAGUCUUUGGAUUAAAUUCUAAUUGA